AUGUUACGAGGUUCGCAAGCGGUCAUAGUGCGAGCAUCUCGUCAGACGGUGGCUGCCAGCCAGCCAGUGAUGAUCCGCUUCGCUGACGUGGAAAUUGAGCGUCUGAAAUGCAGUGACUUCAAAGGGACCCAGCAGCCAGCCACCGUGCGAUCAUUAUCAGCUCGAGGCAAUGGCAAGAGAAGGCGAAGUGUCAAGAGCAGGGCGCAGGGAGACGGAGCAGGAGAGACCGCUACAGCCGCAGCCGUGCAGGCAGCGGUGGAGGCGAUGCGAGCGCGGGAGAUCAAGAAGGAGCUCGAGAGCCUGGGCAUCAGCACGCGGGGAGUGUUUGACAAGGACCAGCUGGUCUCCUUGCUCCUUGCCCAUCGCCUCUCAGCUCCACCUUCCGCUCCUUCUCCACAGUCCAGCAGCAGCAGCAGCAGUAGCAACAGCAGAACCGCAGAGGCCUCUCCACCUCCCUCCCGCUCAUCGUCCCCCUCCCCCUCCUCCCCCUCAUCCUCCUCCCAAGGCGUCAUUCUCCGCAUGCACAUGCGUCGCCUCGCCACCACGGCCAGAGAGCCACGUGAAUACGUCAUCCUCCCCCUGGAAGUUGCCGGGAAGGGCCCCUUUGAUUUCCUCCUGGACACGGGCAGUAGCACCACCCUCGUCUCCCCGGAUUUCGCUUAUGGCACUAUCAGGUUGUCUACUAACGAGGGCAGGAUGACCCAGGGGCUCGGAGGCAUGGGGCCGGAGGGGAAGCAGGGGCGGGAGCUGCUGCUUCCGGAUGUGAGGCUCGGGGAGUUUAGGUUCGGGCCGAUGCAAGCGGUGGUGCUGGACCUGCAGUACACGGGCCUGCCUGGUUCAGUGGCGGGGAUCGUGGGGCUGUCGUUCCUGUCUGCCUUUGACAUGGACUUUGACUUCCCCAGCAGCACUCUCACCGUCAUGCACUCAGGGGCUGCACUGGCAGCAGCAGGCAAGUGGACGGCAGGAGGCACCAUACCCCCUCCGCCCUCUUCUUCUGCCUCCCAGGGAUUGGAUUUCGAGGGGCUGGCAAUGCUCGCCCCAGCCACUGUUCCGUUCAACCUGCCUGCUAUCCAGAUCUCGGUGAAUGGCAAACACCUGGAGACAGCCAUUCUAGACAUGGGGUCUGGGCUCAGCCUUAUCACCACCGCAGUGGCUUCUCGUGCUGGUGUCACCCCCUCUCGCAUUGGUGUAGCAUCAAUGGUGGACGUGGGAGGUGGAACAACACAAAUGGGAGGAGCAGUAGCGGAUCUGUUCCUUAUAACGAAGCAAGGAGGGCCAGCAGGGACGUCAGGCGGCCGUAUCCCCUUUACAAGCCACCCCAUGAUAGUGGGGGACCUGCCAGCCCUGGCAGUGAUGGGAGCAGGGGCAGUGGUGGGAAUGGAUGUGCUCAAGAGGACUCGCUGUGUGGUGUGCUUCAAGGAUAACAGGGUUCUGCUACAGAAGAAGUUUUAG